GGAUUGCAACCACUGAUUCCUUCAUCGUUAAUCAUUGUCCUUGGACGUCCGUCCCAUUUGAUCGUCCUUUCUUCUAAGUACACCGGCUCCCUCCGGAGCCCUUCUCCAACGUAAUCGUCCCGCCGUCCCCCCGUCGAUUCCGUGGAAGCUGAUUCCGCGCCGUCCUCCGCAGCUGUGCUUUCUGCUCCGUCGUCCCGCGACCCCAACGCCUAACUCUGGCAGCGCUCAUCCUCCGGCAGCUCGUCGUCCUCAGGCAGCUCGUCGCUUCUCCAAGAAAAGAGCCAGGUUAACACCAUUUAGAUAUGACAUCAAUGGAUAUGAGUAUACCGUUUCAUGUCUUGGAGCAAACUACAGAGAAAUUCUCCGACAAGCAGAUGAUUGGAAGUGGAGGCUACGGAAAAGUUUACAAGGGAGUUUACAAUGGAGAACACAUUGCUGUCAAAUUGUUUUAUGGUGUGCAAGCACUUGACAAGACAUUUGAGAAUGAAUGCUUUAACAUUCUGAGGAUCCAACAUCCAAAUAUUAUACGGUUAGUUGGCUACUGUUAUGAAACACAACGUAAACAUGUUAUGUACAAUGGUGAACUGCGGUUUUCUGAUCACAUAUAUAGAAUUCUCUGCUUUGAGUUAAUGCAGGGAGGAAGCCUAGACAAGUACCUCAAUGAAUCUCGUGACUAUGACUGGCCAACAUGUUACGAUAUAAUAAAGGGGACCUGUGAAGGUUUAAAUUUCCUUCACACGGGAUGUGGAUCACAAAUUCUUCACCUGGAUCUAAAACCAGGAAACAUAUUACUAGAUAAGGACAUGCGAGCAAAAGUUGCAGAUUUCGGGUUGUCAAGGUUCUUGAGUAAACAACAUACCCACAUCACAAAUACAAUUGCAGGAACAGACGGUUAUAUGCCACCAGAGUUCUGGUCCAAAAGACAGAUUUCACCGAAGAAUGAUGUUUAUAGUUUAGGAAUUAUAAUCAUAGAAAUUUUGGUUGGACGUAGAGGCUACUUGGAAUUUCAUGAAAUGGAUGAUGUCACACCAUUUAAUAAGCUGGUAAUUGAGAAAUGGCAGAAAUGGAUAUGUGCAAUGACAUCACCAUGCCCAUCAGCAGAAAUAGAUCAAGUGGAGACUUGCAUCAAAAUAGCAAUAAAAUGUGUGGAUCGUGAACGAGAGAAUAGACCCACUGUAGCAGAAAUUUUGAAUACCCUGCGGGAGACAGAAAAAAGGUUUCAUCUCUUGGGCCAGAGCUUGCCCACUCCCACUAAGAUUGGACCAAGGGGUGGAAUGGGAGGUUCUAUUUGUGAUAUCGAAGAAAAUCCUUGGCGCCUGACAAGUCUCACGAUUUUCUGUAGAGGGAUAAUUGAUUCGAUCUCAUUUUCUUACAUCGACCAAUAUGGGAGGAAGCAACAUGUAGGUCCCUGGGGCGUAGACUACAUUAGCCAGAAUACUGAAACGAUCUGCUUUGGCUCUUCGGAGUUUGUCGAGGAAGUAUCUGGAGCAUACGGGAAUUAUAGGGGAAUCCUUCGUGUGAUAUCCCUUACGUUUGUCACCAAUGUCAGAACCUACGGACCUUUCGGAAAUCCUUAUCAUGAACAUAUGGCAGGACUAACUCAUUUCAGGUUCAUGGCUGAUGAGGGCAGCCGCAUCGUUGGUUUCCAUGGUAGAUCCGGCAGCUAUAUCGACGCCAUUGGUGUUUACAUGUAUCCCAACGAUAGGACGACAGUCGGGCUUAUUUCUGUGCCGCUGAUUCUCGAUGGCCAGGGCUUGCCCACCCCCACUAAGAGUGGAUCCUGGGGUGGAAGCGGAGGUAGUGCUCGAGACAUUAAUCAAAAGUCCUGGCGUCUGACAAGUCUCACGGUUAGCUACAAAGGGUUAAUCGAUGCAUUCUCCUUUUCUUACAUCGACCAAGCUGGGAAGAAGCAAAGUGUUGGUCCUUGGGGCGAAGGAUACUACAAUGACACGACUAAGACGAUCAGCUUUGGCCCAGCGGAGUUUGUCAAGGAAGUAUGUGGAGCAUACGGGAAUCACAAUGGAAUCGUUAUCGUGAAGUUCCUUACGUUUGUCACCAACGAAGGAACGUACGGACCUUUCGGAACUCCUGAUCAUCCAGGUCCAGACGUGUCGGCAACUCAUUUCAGGUUCGUGGCUGACGAGGGCAGCACCAUCGUGGGGUUCUAUGGUAGAUCUGGCAGAUAUAUUGAUGCCAUCGGUGUUUACACAGUGCGAGUUAGAUAAUUUUGAUGCAUGAAACGCCGGUGUGACGACAAUCUAUUGGUUUCAUCUAGCUGUGUUUUCCCCUCAGGCUUGAAACUCAUCUACACUAGAAUGGCAGUAUUUGUAAUUCACUUGUGCUGUCAUAGGCCAGAAAAAUAUAACGAUUAACAUGAUAUAUUUAUUAUACUUUUAUCUAUAGCCAUGGAUUCGCAGUUUGUUGGUCUA